AUGACGGAUGUCAUGGCCGAUCACCCAGACCUCUCUGAACUGGCUGGCUCGCCCUCUCCAGGCCAAAAACGGAAGCGCGACGAUAUGUCGGAGUCGAACAGCCCUGGCCGGGCGAAGCGAGCCAGCGCUGGACUCUCGGAUGCCGAUACCGCCGCCUUCAUUGAGAACGCCGUCGAAGCUGCCCACGCUGCCGCCGCUAAUGGGGUGAACGUGGCCGACUUCAGCGCCCUUCAGCAAGCUGCCGCCGCCGUAAACUCAGAGGCUGCCGACCCGGCCAACGCCUCCAGCACGGCUGCCGCUGCCUUGGGAUCCAUGUAUCCUACUCUCCACGUCCCGCCUACUACGGAAGAGCAGUUCGCUGCCCAGACGAGUGAUGAGCCGAACCAUGGCCAAGACCAUACCUUCGGCCACGCUGAUCUGAGCCCGUCCGAUGGACUCCCGGCUCUUCCUACUAUACCUCAACCCACUAAUGGCGUCCAGUCUGUUCAGCCCCAGCAAACCCAUCAAACUCAUCAGCAGCACCAGCAGCACCAGCAACAUCAGCCCCCACAGCCCCAGCACCGAUAUUCAUCUGGAUCUGCUGGCACUCCCGCUAAGAAGCCGGAUGUCGGUUCAGAGGAAUGGCACAAGAUGCGCAAAGACAACCACAAAGAAGUGGAGCGUCGUCGUCGCGAGACCAUUAAUGAAGGCAUCAAUGAGCUGGCCAAGAUUGUUCCUAACUGCGAGAAGAACAAAGGCUCCAUCCUCCAGCGUGCCGUCACAUUCAUCAACCAACUCAAGGAGAAUGAGACGCAGAACAUUGAGAAGUGGACCCUGGAGAAGCUGCUUACGGAGCAAGCUAUAGCAGAGCUCAGUGCCUCCAACGACAAGCUCAAGCAGGAGUGUGAACGCCUCUACAAGGAGUUGGAGACGUGGAAGCGAGUCGCACAAAACGCUGGUCUCUCAUACCCGCAGGCAAACAAGGAGGAGCCUGCCGCAACGACUUAG